AUGGCGCUGGUGGACUUGCACGGCGCGGCCGCCAGCGGGGACGUGGCCCGGCUGCGGCAGCACUGGUGGCUGAACAAGCACCGCAUCAAUGGCUACAACCCGGACAAGCAGACUCCUCUGCAUCUUGCUUGCAUAAAUGGCCAUGCAGAUGUUGUUCAGUUUCUGGUAGAAAAGAAGUGCAAGCUAAAUCCUUGUGACAAAUUGAAUAAAUCACCACUAAUGAAGGCAGUAGAGCACCAGCACAAGGACUGUGCAGCUAUUCUGCUGGAACAUGGUGCCAACCACAACCACAGAGAUGUAAAUGGUAACACCGCCCUUCACUUUGCUGUCAUGGUUUCUAGCAAAUCUCUUGUGGAGCUGUUACUUGAGCACGGUGCAGAUAUUAAUGCUAAGAAUAAAUUCGGAUACACUCCGCUUACUCUUGCAGUCACUGAAAACUGUGAAGAAACGGUCAAGUUCCUUCUUCAAAAGGGAGCUGAUGUGAAUGCUCAGGAUAAUAUUUAUAGGUAA